UGUCAAAACUGAAAAGCCGUCAUAACCUUACUUUCAGUGUUUUGAUUUUGCUGGACGCUCUGUGGCUGGCAGAGAGAUGUCCUCCUCCCAGGACUCCUGCUACAUUUCCCUCCUGGGAUUGGCUGAGUACUUUCGCACAUCGAAUCCGCCGCAGAUCAAGAAGAGCAUCCAAUGCCUGCAAGCGCUCAAUUCCCUGAAUCCGCCGCAGAAGGUCGAGGCCAGGACCAAUCUGCAGAUCGGGCAGCUACUGAUGGCCUACACGAACAAUCACGACCUGGCCAGGAUCCACCUGGAGAAGGCAUGGACACUGGCGGAGAACAUCCUGGCCUUUGACGAUGUGAAGUUCGUCACGGCGAGCCUCCUGGCGCAGCUCUACCAGCAGCAGGACGUCGGAUCGCUGUCCAAGUCCAACAAGGUCCUCCGGAAGGCUAUUGAGCUCUCCCAGUCCAACGUGUACUGGCACUGCCGCCUCCUGCUGCAGCUAGCGCAACUCCACGCCACCAACAAGCAGUACAUCCUGGCGUCCGAGCUCCUGACCGUGGGCGUGGAGGUGAGCGAGGAGUACAACGCCACCUUCAUGAAGAUCAUCUUCAUGCUCAGCAAGUCGAUGGUGUUGAUCGUGAUGCGCAAGAUCAGCGAGGUCACGACGCUGCUCAACCAGGCGGGCAGCCUCAUCGAGACGCACCUGCACAAUCCCCACCAGAAGGAGUACCUCAAGGUGUUCUACCUGGUGCUGCAGGUGUGCUACCACCUCGUGAUCGGCCAGGUGAAGACCGUGAAGCCCUACCUCAAGCUCCUGCAGCAGAGCAUCCAGGUGAUCAUGGCGCCCAGCUUCCCCACGGACGAGGCCAUCGCGAACAGCGGCGCCGCCAUGGAGAACAUCAUGUGGCUGCCGAAGGAGCAGCUGUACGUGCUCGUCUACCUCGUCACUGUGUCGCACAGCAUGAUGGCCGGCUACAUGGACAAGGCGCAGAAGUACACGGAGAAGGCGCUGUCGCAGAUCGACAAGCUGAAGCAGCUGAAGAACCAGCCCAUCCUGUCCGUGUUCCAGAUCAUCCUCAUGGAGAACAUCAUCAUGUGUCGCCUCGUGAUGGGCAACAAGUUCAUCGCCAUCCAGGAGAUCUCCUUCGCGCGCGACAUCUGCCUCCAGUCGGCCAACAGCCGCCUGGCCGUCACGCACUCCGCGCAGCUGCACUGCCUGCUCGGACUGUACUCCAUGUCCAUCAACCUGUUCGAGCACGCCGAGCGACAGUUCCUCAGCUGCCUCGAGGAGGCGCACGACCGCGAGCUGAAGCUCUUCGCCAACCUCAACCUGGCCAUCGUGUACCUGCGCACGAAGCGCGAGCAGCAGCUGGCGCUCAUCCUCGAGUCCAUCUCCGUGGAGAGCGCCCAGUCGCUGCACAACCAGGCUCUGCUGGGCAGCUUCUACUACAUCCAGGGCCUCAACUCCUUCUACAAGAGCAGCUUCCACGACGCCAAGCGCUUCUUGCGCGAGACGCUGAAGAUGGCCAACUCAGAGGAUCUCAACCGCCUGACGGCGUGCACGCUGGUGCUGCUAAGUCACGUCUUCCUCAGCAUCGGCAAUUCCAAGGAGAGCAUGAACAUGGUGACGCCGGCGAUGCAGGUGGCGUCCAAGAUUCCCGACAUCCACGUCCAGCUCUGGGGCAGCGCCAUUCUCAAGGAUCUGCACAGAAUGUCGCGCGACUCGAUUCUGGAGACGGAGGCCUACAACAACCACCUGGCAUUCUCGCAGACGCUCCUGGCGGAUCACUACAAGUGCACCAAGUCGCAGGAGCACAACCUGAUCAACUGGUUCACGGGCCUGCCGCCGCCGUCGCUGCCCGGCUCCGGCUCGGCGAUUCCGGGCAGCGUGAUGGACAUGACGACGGGCACGGGCAUUUAUCAGCAACAGUAAAGAGAGAGAGAGAGACAAAGA